AUGUCAGAGGAAGCGAUGAAACAUCAGUACAUCACUGAUGACUUGAAAAGAAAAGCAUCAUUCAAGAAAAGGGAAGCAAUUAUCAUGAAAAAGAUAAGUGAACUUAGCAUCCUUUGUGGAGUUGAGGCUGGGGCAAUCAUUUACAGUGGUCGCUCUGAUCCUCAACCAGAGGUUUGGCCGGACCAUGAAGGUGUCCAGCAAGUGAUUGAGAGGUGCCGAGGCGGACCUGUCUCGGAGAGGGCCUUGAACAAAGAGGCAACAAUUCAGAAGAGGAUUAAAAAAGGGAAAGAACUUCUGAUGAGAAGGAGAAAAGAGAAUCGUACAGAAGAGAUUUCCCAACUCAUGAUACGUUGUAUGUUAGGGAAAGCAACGCCCAGCCCUGCAGAUUGGCAUGAUAUGAAGAUGGUAGUUGAGCAGACUUUGAAGAAAAUUAACUCUUGA